AUGAGCGGGACGGUGAUCCCCGGUACGCCCAUCGCCGUGGACUUCUGGAGCGUGCGGAGGGCGGGCGGCGCCCGCCUUUUCUUCCUGUCGCACCUGCACUCGGACCACACGGUGGGGCUGUCCAGCACCUGGAGCCGCCCGCUGUACUGCUCGCCGCUCACCGCCCGCCUGCUGCACCGCCGCCUGCAGGUGCCAACGCGCUGGAUCCGGCCGCUGGAGGUGGGGCAGAGCCAUGUGCUGGACCACGAGGUGACUGUGACACUGCUUGACUCCAACCACUGCCCCGGCUCAGUCAUGUUCCUCUUCGAGGGCGCCUUCGGCACCAUCCUGCACACAGGUACAGGGCAGCCCCCUGUGGCCCCCGCCGCGGCCUUUCCCACCCCGACGGUGUUGUCCUUGCAGGGGACUUUCGCUACACCA